AUGACGCGCGGCGGCUUACCCAAAACUGGAGAAAUGCACUCCAUUGAAACAAUGGAUGAAGAGCUCGAAAAUAUGCCUGUGUUUGUAUCCCCCAUCCCAAUCCAUCCCACGUCCACCCUCACCAGGAUUUCAACAGUAGGCGAGCGACUGGCCGUACCGGAUCCAGAGGCGCUACUUCCUGCGUGGAAGCGGCAAUUGCGACGUUCCAAGUCGAACGAAUCACGGAAACGAAUCCUACAUUUUCUCAUCCCUGGGUCCCACAGGAGUAUCGUUUCGGGACAAUUAGGAUCAAAUGAUGUUGGCGGCCAUUGGAUGACCCAGACAGCUGAAGGCCCUAAUAAAUUCAACCGUGCUGACGAUGCUGCAACUGCAGCAGCACUUGCAGCAGCUGUUGCCGCCAAUUCCCCGCCGCGAAUGAGCGAUGCAACCCACGCGUUUCUUCAUACGCUGGCUGGGGCAGCAGGGGCCGUUGUAGCUAUGGCAGUAGUUUACCCGCUGGACUCGCUCCGCACCAUCCAAUCCGUACAAGGUGGAUCCGCCUGGGAGGUUGUAAAGCUUCACCUGCGCCAUGUCUGGGUAGCCAACACCCGCCUUAAGGUUGACUUCUCUGCAAAGGCCAAAGAACAGGGAUGGCGCACCGCCUCCCGAGCGUCGUCUUCGAAUUCCCUCAGCAGCGAGCAUGGCAGCACAGGUUCCCUCGUUUCGGAUAGGACGCUGCGAGUCCGCGUAACACCGGCUGAAUCGUUCGUAAUGGGGUUAACAGCAAAGCUGGCGGCAACUCUUGUGACUUAUCCAUAUCUUGUGGUCAAGACCCGAGCACAAAGCAAAGUAUACAACCUAGUGUGCGAAGCCUGA